AUGCCGCCCUUCCAGUCGAAGAAGUUCCGGCCCUCGACGACGGCGGCCUCGUCCCUGGGCGACCGCCUCGGGGCCAAGUACCGCGCGAACCUGUCGAAACAUCCCUUCCUCCUCUUCGGCCUGCCCUUCAUCAGCAUCAUGGUCGCGGGCUCCUUCUUCCUGACGCCGGCCACUGCCCUGAGAUACGAGCGUCACGACCGGAAAGUGCAGCAGCUGAGCAAGGAAGAAGCCAUGAACCUGGGCCUGCGGGAGCCCGGCAGGGAGGACGCCGGCAGCCUGCAGCGCAACCCGCGGCGGCGCAUCCUGGGCGACGAGAAGGAGGAAUACUACAAAUUGAUGGCCAAGGACCUGGACAACUGGGAGCAGAAGCGGGUGCAGCGCUUCAAGGGCGAACCCGACGGCCGUUUCACCUGA